AUGUCGUCUCCUCAGCCCCAGAUGGUUGCCCAGCAAAUGACCCCCGAGGCCCCUGCGCGAAUCAGCUCCGACCAGCCGCGCCCCGUCGAGCCCAUGAGCAUGGAGAGCGACGCUAGCAUGCGUGGCGGAGAGGGCGAGAAGGGUGUAAGUCCGGUCCCAGUCUACUCGAUUCUCUUCAUGGAAUCAUGUGCGAUUAGAUCUCAGUGUAGAUUUCUGACAUUUUGA